AUGAGCUUUGUUUCUGGACCGAGAGAAAAAGCCAAGCAGCCAUUCAGAGGCUCAGGCAGAGGUCCACACAGCCCGGGUGUAAUAGCGAGGACAACUGCGAGCGUGCCCUCGGUCUUCCUAUCGGCGCUGUGCUCCAUGCAAACGAGGCAUGACUGCGGCAUUAGCCUAAAAAGGCAGCCACGGAUAAGGCAGCGCUCGCACCAAGUCAAGCUGCAGCUAGUUAAAGAGAUCCCUUGCCUGAGGCUGUGGAGGAAGGCCAAAAGGAGACACCUGAACCAAUUUCACCUUCAGAUGUCGGCCCGUGUGCCUCCGUCGACCCUGGGGACCUUGCUUCUAGCUGUCCUGCAGGGGGGAGAUGGGGAGAGGGACAGAGGAGGCCAGGACGAGGGCAGCUGGGGAGGAGCAGCUGUGAUCUGCCCCGGAUGGGACGAAGGUGGCGACGGCUUGCUGGCUCACCUGCAAAGGCACAGCGGCCCUGCCUGGCAUCUGUCGGACAUCAUCAACCUGACCCGCAUUACAGGCAGUAGGGACAGAAGGGGGGAGGCCGGAGAGGAAAGAAGAGAGGAUCAAAUGGAGGAAGAGGCUUUGAACAUCAUUUCCACCAGCUUCCUGCGCUCCACCUCUCCUAUCUCCUCUGUUCUCCUCCUGGGAUCUGAUCCCGAGUGUCUCUCUUCAGUCCUGAGAGCUGCUCAGCGUCUCGCUUCCUCGCUUCCAGCGCUGCAGUGGAUCAUGGGAUACCCCUUGUCUCCCGAUUCCCUGCACACUCUCGGAGGUCCGCUGGGACUAUUAGCCUAUGGAGAGGUCGGCCGCAAACCGAUAAGCUUCUACAUACGGGACGCGUUGCAGCUGAUUGGUCGAGCAGUCACUGCAGCGACGAUGGUGAGGCCGGACUUGGCUCUGGUUCAGAACAUGCUUAAUUGUUAUGACAAAUCCAAUCGACCAGAACUGACCUCUUCGGGACAAUAUCUUGCCAGGUUUUUCUCCAAUACUUCCUUCACCGGGGGCACUGGGCUGAUCCAAGUGGAUGCCGGUGUCUCUCGGAUCCUGUCCUCUCAGCUGUUCCACGUGUGGAGUCUAAAGAGGGGUGCUCUCGGCCAGCCGGCCUGGGUUACCGUAGGACAGUGGACCCGUGGCCGACUGGAGUUGGAAGGGGGCAUCCUGGGAUUGGUGGGAGGGUUCGGGAACAGCCAGGGACUGGGUCUUGGGGCUGGCGUAAGGGGAGGGGAUGGCCAGGGGGACGGUAACAUCGGUGAUCGCUGGAGGCCGGGAAUUUCCGUCGAGGGACACCGUCUCAGGGUGGUGACACUGGUGGAGCAUCCGUUCGUCUUUACACGGGAGGUAGAUGAGGAUGGUUUAUGCCCAGCUGGUCAACUUUGCCUCGACCCUCGAACCAACCGGUCCGAUAUAAUCCAGGCCCUGUUCAACCAGCUUCACAACCCAAACUCUACGGCAGUGGACUUGGAGGGCAUUGAUUUACCGGACGACCUGAGGAAAUGCUGCUACGGCUACUGCAUCGACUUGCUGGAGAAGCUGGCGGAGGACAUGGGCUUUGCCUUUGACCUUUACAUUGUGGGAGACGGGAAGUACGGGGCGCUGAGCGGGACGGGGCGCUGGACCGGCCUUGUUGGGGACCUGCGAAGUGGAACCGCUGACAUGGCCGUCACCUCCUUCUCCAUUAACUCGGCCAGGAGCAGAGUCAUAGAUUUCACGUCGCCCUUCUACUCCACCAGCCUAGGCAUAUUGGUCCGUAGCCGGGACACCGCAGCUCCCAUCGGAGCCUUCAUGUGGCCACUUCACUGGUCCAUGUGGGUGGGCAUCUUCGUCACGCUGCAUCUCACUGCACUCUUCCUCACUCUGUACGAGUGGAACAGUCCCUUUGGCAUGACGCCUCACGGCAGGAACAGGCUGCGUGUUUUCUCCUACUCCUCUGCCCUCAACCUCUGCUACGCAAUACUGUUUGGACGCACUGUCGCCACCAAGACUCCAAAAUGCUGGACCGGGCGCUUCCUGAUGAACCUCUGGGCUAUUUUCUGCCUACUGGUGUUGUCCAGUUACACCGCCAACCUCGCCGCUGUCAUGGUGGGAGAAAAAACCUUUGAGCAGGUUUCAGGAAUCCAUGACGACAAGCUGCACCAUCCCUCCCUGGGCUUCCGAUUUGGAACGGUGAGGGAGAGCAGUGCUGAGGAUUACAUGAAGAAGAGUUUCCCGGAGAUGCACGACUACAUGAGACGCUUCAACCAGCCCACAACACCAGAGGGCGUGCACAUGUUAAAGACAGAUCCUCCUGCCCUGGAUGCAUUCAUCAUGGAUAAGGCUCUGUUGGACUUUGAGGUCUCUAUCGACGCAGACUGCAAGUUGCUCACUGUGGGGAAGCCUUUCGCUAUUGAAGGGUAUGGAAUCGGACUUCCCCAAGGCUCCCCUCUUACCCGUAACGUGUCGGAGUUUGUGAGUCGCUACAAGUCCGAUGGGUUCAUGGACAUGCUACAUGACAAAUGGUAUAAGGUUGUACCCUGUGGAAAGAGAGUCUUUGCAACUCUGCAGAUGGGGAUCCAGCAUUUUUCCGGCCUCUUUGUGCUGCUGUGUAUGGGGGUCGGUGGAGCUUUGCUGACCCUGGCAGGGGAACACACCUUCUACCACCUGGUGAUCCCCCGCCUCCGCCGCACCAACACUCUGCAGUACUGGCUGCACACCAGCCAGAAAAUUCACCGAGCCCUCAACACGACAUAUGAGGAUGAUGGGAAGGAGCUGACAGGCCUCGACCAAAACCCCACCUCUUGUAUCUCAGAGAACUGUACCCUCCACAGGAAGCAGCGUCAGUCUCCUCCUCCUCCGUCUCCUCCCACAUCCCUGCCUGCUUCCACAGCGGGGGGUACUGGAAAUUCUUCGCCGUCCCACGAACCCAAGGAGAAGCGUGUUCACUUUGACCUGGAAACGCUUCACAGCUACCGCCUGCGUACCCACACUGCAUCAGUGCGAGGCCGGCCGGGGAUGGUCGGGCGACCGGGGCUGGGUCUGGGGUUGGGAAACCUGGGGGGCUUUACCUCUCCCCCACAGAUCAGCCUUCACGUCAACGGGGGCCCCGUGUCGACGAUGGCUUCCACCGGUUUGGUGCUCUCUCCACUGGGGAACCGGGCCGCCCAGACCAGCCUGUGGGAGGGCGAGCUGCAGGAGCUGCAGGCCAAGAUCGAAACUUUCCGCAACCAGCUGAGGGAGGCUCUGGCCAGAAGGGCGGAGAUCCAGAGCAGUCUGGAGAGAGAGAGGAGCGGGCUGGUGCGCAGAGACACCAGUCUCGAGAGAGAAAGAGACAGACAGAGGAUACAGACAAUUAACACGGACAGAAGUAGCUCCGCUCUGUCCAAACUCCCCGAGAGGGACAGGACCAGCCAGCUGCAAACCCUGAACAAUCAGCAGCCAGGGAGGGCCAACCAAUCAAGUGGACCCGGAGCUGCGGAGCCCGGCAGAGGCAGCCAGUUAAACACAGUGAACAGUCUGGACAGAGGGAGAGCCGGCCAAUUACGGCCCUCGGACACGCCAACCGGAGAGAGGACUGUACAGUCUCGCAUCUCCUCGAGUUUGGAGCGAAGUAGGGUCAACCAACAAGGUGCCGGGAACACGGCUGUCCAAACACGGAACACUUCAAGCCUGGACAGGCAGAAGGCUAACUUGUCACGCACUCUGAACACUUUGGAGAGGACAAAAGCCAACCAGUCAGGUGUAAGCUCUGGAACCUGAUCAGCGCGCAGGAGUCUGAUAUAUGAAGGGUUUUAAGGGACACUAAUGAGGUGUUGCCUACAUAGCUACGGGAAGAAGGCCUGGAUAUUAUGGCUAAGUUUGUGGGGAGUUAGAUAACAGAUUGCAGUAUAUUUUUACUUGCAUUAUUUUCAGAAAACUAAUACCCUUUCUCAACCACAAUCAUUGACACACUCACUUCAAAUUCCAACUUCUAAAAUGUUACAGCAGCUGAGGGGUUGAUGAAAUGCUCGCAUCACCCACACAGUCUUAAAAGAGCAAUAUGAUAUGAUAGUAUUCCUGACAUCUUAAACUAACAGAUAAACAAGGUGAACUGGCAGUGCUAAAGUAGUGAACCACGCUGUGGAAACCAGUGGGUGACGUCCAGAAACCUGAAGCAGGAGACCUUAUUAAGAGCAGAGUUUUAUGCUGAGAGAACUUGUGUAGUCCUUGUCAUUUGUGUGAUCAUUUCCCUAAAAAAUGUGAACGAUGUAGACAAUAAGAAACUGUGAGAAAAGAAUUGCACAGACUGAUCGGAUCUACUUGAAGACACCAUAAAAAGCUCAAUCAAAUUUUACGCCUUUACUUACUUUGCUGUGCCCCACUGUCAUUUUUUGCUCAUUUUUAUUGUAAGGUCUCACCUUGUUCAUUUAGCAAAUGUCAUAACUGAAUGGUUUCUUGGGAGCAAAGUAGUUAAGCAGUGUAUUGCAUGAAAAUCAAUAAUAAUGGGAUGAUUUCUUUUCCGCAAACAUUGAGCCCGAAUAUAUCUUCGUCCAUAACUGCCAAAUGGAGUAAACGUGUGGUUCAAGUUGUAAACUGUAUUUUUCAAAUCAAUUGUGCAAAUAUAUUAUAUAUUACAUAAUAUGCAAACAUUAAUUAUCAGUUUUACGUAAGUUUUCAAAUCAAGGAACUUAACUUGCACAGAAGCCAAAAAAUUAGGCUUAACAUUUGCUCUUGAAUACUGGGUGAUAUCAUGUGUGAAGCUAUAUUUACCACUGUGAACACCAUGUUUCCCAUCAUUAGUAAAAUGUUUGCUAAAAGGGUUCGUGAGAACAGUUCUGCACAUGGUGUGUUGGUUUGCAUAACUGCCUCACAGAAAGAAGGCUCCUGGUUCCAAUCCCAGUUGUGGUCUUUCUGUUUGGAGUUUGUGCGUUCUCCCUAAAAUACAUGUUAGAUUAUUUGUGAUUGUAAAUUGACCUGAGGAGUGAGUGCAUGGUUGUUUGUCUCUGUGUAACCCUGGGAUGGACUGGUAACCUCCCCAGGGUAUCCCCCACCCUUUUUCCUAGUAAAUAAUGGAUGGAUGAGUUACAACUCGAAAUUGAAUUCAUCGAAAUAAUACACUAAUAUGUCCCAUGUCAAACCUAAGAUUCUAUUAGUUCAGACAAAUACAUGCUCAUUUUGAAAUUGAAGAUUGCAACUUCACUUCAAAUAUGGACUAAAGCCUGCUUUAAAAAGGUGUUUGUUUUUAUUAAUUUAAGAAAUGAUCAAAUUAAUCCUGUGUACAGUGUCUGCAAGAACUGAAAAUUGGAAGUCCACCGAUAUGUUAAAGCUUUAUCAAACAAUUAACUCCACCGUAACAUUAAAUGUUUUAAGAUUUAAGCUCGCAUCAGGAGAUUUUUUCAUAUGUAGUGAAUCAAAUCAUAUGACAAGAUCAGAGGAUAACAUUUAGCAACUGUGCUCUUCGAGGGUUUGAGGUGGCAUUAAAAAGGAAUCAAAAAUACAAGGUUCUGCCACCCAAAAUACUGAAAAUAACUAUAUAUUUCAUGCUAACCAACACAUUUUAUGAUGGAUAGAAGUGAGCUAGAAAAGUGAACCUGCGGUGUGGAUGAAAAAAGUAGCAGUCACUUCAAAGGCCAUUAUCUGUGACAGUAUGGAGGAACAUUAAAUGCAAUUUAUGCAUGAACUUCACAUCUUUGCAGACCUUAACGUAGCCGCUCAUCCUAUGCAGUAGCUUCCAUGUAGCCUUAUUUACACCUUGCCAAAAACAUGACUACAUGUUGCCACUUGGUGGUCUGUAUUUACACCACGUCCUGCUUUGCUUGAACAGAAUGUCCCUGAGGAAAACACUGCAAAUAUACCAGGCCGUAAUUGCCUCAGAGACCCUCACAAUGCACCUUUGAGCGAGUGCAAAUGCUAAUCAAACAUAAGCACUCAUGUAUUUAGAUAUAAUUUUGAGUAGCUGGAAUCCCCUGUAAAGCCCCUGUUUUUGUUUGUUUAAAAAAUCAGAUACUAACAAUUAUUUAAAUAAAGAAAAUUGGCCACUUCUUUACCUAUGACCUUUAUUUACUUCCUUCAAAUUCAAAAUGAGCUUUCUUUGAAGAGAACAGCAUUUUUCCUUGAUGGGAUAGGGUUGAAUAAGCUAUUGUUCCAAUAUUGUCAAAUAGGUGCCGUGUUUUAUAUUAAAAUCAGUGGAUUGAGUUGUAAGGAUGAAUAUGAAAUUAUACAUCAUGAGCAGAGAAUGUAGAGGCCAAAGAUAUUCUGUUGAAAGGAUGCCGCUGGAAAAAUAUAAUCUGAAGCUUUUCUUCUAUUUGCUUUUUUUCUGACAUUUUCAUUACUUGAAGGGAUUUAAUUGACUUUUUCAUGUUAGCAAUAACUGUAUAACUUGUUUCAGAGAAGCUGAAGUAUGGGGGGGGGCUCAUCUUGGUUGCAUGUGGUUGUUUUUUGUUCGCAUGUUUUUUUUUAAGGAAAGAAAGGGAAAGUCAUUGAAAUGGAAAAAACAGAGUUUAAUUGGUGCUGUGCCUCGUUUACCCAGUUGACCACUAGAGGGAGCUGCAUCCCUUCUUCCCGCAGCUAUGGACACUAUGGUUUGGAACUUGAGUUUUUUUUUGUUUGUUAUUGUUUGUUUGUUUGUCGAUUUGUUUUUCAAGAAAAAUCAGAAAUCAGUAGGUUAAAGCCAUUGACUUAGGACUUGACUUUAAAGAAUCAGAAUGACAGAUGCAUUUUAGCUCACACUGUCAUGCAGAAUAUGAGGGUAGAUGAGGUUUAAUGGAAUCUCUCAGUGACCAUAUCAGUGCAGUUUCACCGUAUCCAUUUGAAAUGUGUCUCUCAGUGCUAUAAACAAGAGAUUUGACUGGUCCAAAUACUUUUUUUAAAAGCAACAAAAAAAAGAGCAGAUGCUGAGAUCACAUAAACAGAACUUUAUGGUGGUACUAAUGUACAUUUCAAUAUUUCAAACUUUGCUGUGGUGUGAAGUGGUUGUGUUCACAUGCCAUGGUGGACGUAAAUGUGUUAGGGUUUUUCUCAAGGACGAGCUUGUGGUACUGGAUAUUUAAAGAGAUACUUUUAAAUUACCUCUUAUGAGAGUUAUAUCAACAUAUUAUUGAAUUUUAUGCAUAAAUGGACA